CGACGCCGUCGCUCCUCUCUCGUUUUCAGCUGAAUGCAUCUCGACAACCUCAAACAGCAACCAUCUUGGCAAUGGGUCUCUACCUGGCCAGCACUUUACAGCUUCAGGCAUCGUGUCAAUCCAGUCUGCAAGAAACAGAGGGGAAGUGUCAUUUUUAUCCUACUGCAGACAGCAACCUAUAGCUGACCGGAUAUAGAUAGUACUUUAAUUGGGGUCUGUGCCAUGCCACACAAAAGAUCUGGUCAGACGGGAGCACGCGAAUCUUGCACCAACCUCUGGCCCGCAUCGAGACGAGACGUUCAUGAUCACCAACCCGACCAAGCCGUCAUCUUCAACAGACACUCUGGAUGACAGAACACCCUCUCGACCCAGAUCCUUGAACUGGUGGCUUUUGCCCCGUGUGGUGCAGUAAGGAGUCGCGGGAGCCACAAACUGUCUGCCCUACCAAAGACAGCCAGAUAGCCGAGUGUGAGGCACAGCAUCACCCAGUAAUGCGCGGUGCUUCCGAAGUCAAAGCAAGGCCAGCCUUUCAGAGGGGCCAGGCUGAUUGACUUCCGUCUCCUGUCUCCUGUCUCCUGCUUGUCGCAGCCGGCAGUUGAAGACGAAACAGCUAGGGGAUCCCGCCGAAGGAUCUCAGCUCAGGCACACGAGGCAAUCUCGACUUCAUCCCACGCCACCAUGGCAACGAGCAAACACCUACCGAUUUGGCGAUAACUUCAUUAUCCCUCGCUCGACAGCUCAUCUGCUGUUCUUUUUAUAUGUUUCGCAAUCUCUCGACGUCCUGCUUCUCUCGUGUUCACCAUGUCAUGAACUAGUGUCAACUUCUCAUUUGCGUUGCCAUAUAGGUGCGCUUCACAAAACACACCGAUGGCAUUAAACUCCGUAGGCAAGGUUCUCUCGGUGCUGAUUCCAUCAUCAGAGUUGAAACUGCGUCGAUCGCAUAUCGUCACCGCGCAGUUUGCUCUCACCCAGAACAUCACGGGCACGACUUGGCAACACAACCCCGAAAACCUGGACGAACUGAGGCCAACACACACAAGCCCUUCCCGAACAGGCCGUCUACCGACUUUGGCGCAACCAACUGCAGUGUUUCCCGCGGCUACAGAUUUCUUGCAUUCCAAAGCACGCAAGAAAGGACAAUAG